AUCUUUGCCCCUCGUCGACCAAAGUCCCCAAAGGAUUAGGAGAGGAGACAGCGAGGGAGAUAAUGGCGGAGACGAUGGACAUUUCGUACUCCAAGAAACGUGGCCCGAAGGAGGAAGAGGACGGCAGGGUCGACGAGGGGUGGGCGGGGCCGCUGGCCUCCAAGAGGGACCGCAGCGAAAGGGGAGGGGAUCCGACGGCGGCGCUGGCCAGCGCGCGCCACGAGUUCGGGGAGCACGGCGGGGUGAACAUGUCGAUCGAGGCGUCGGCGACGUUCACGGUGAUGGAGGCGGACACGAUGCAACGGAUGUUCAAGGGCGAGCUCGGACCCGACCGCGACCACUACAUCUACAGCCGGCAUUUCAACCCCACCGUCCUCAACCUCAGCCGCCAGAUGGCCGCCCUCGAGGGCACCGAGGCCGCCUACUGCACCGCCAGCGGCAUGUCCGCUAUCUCCUCCGUCCUGAUCCAGCUCUGCGGCGCCGGCGGUCACGUGGUCGCCUCCCGCUGCCUCUACGGCGGCACCCACGCCCUCCUCUCGCACUUCCUCCCCCGGGCCUGCGGCAUCCACGCGACCUUCGUCGACCUCCAUGACGUGGAGGCAGUGAGAGCGGCGGUGAGGGAGGGGAAGACCAAGGUCCUGUACGCGGAGACUCUGGCGAACCCGACGCUGGUGGCGGCCGACGUUCCGCGGCUGAGCGAGGUGGCGAGGGAGAAAGGGGUGAAGCUGGUGGUAGAUAACACCUUCGCGCCGAUGGUGGUGUCUCCCGCGAGGCUUGGGGCCGACAUCGUGGUGCACAGCGUCUCCAAGUACAUCAGCGGCGGCGCCGACGUCAUCGCAGGUGUAAUCUGCGGCCCGGAGAGCCUGCUGAACUCGAUGAUGGACUUGCAUAACGGAACGCUGAUGCUGCUGGGGCCGACGAUGAACGCCAAGGUAGCCUUCGAGCUCUCGGGGCGACUCCCCCACCUGUCCCUGAGGAUGAAGGAGCACUGCCACCGCGCCCUCGUCUACGCCACCCGCAUGCGCAAGCUGGGGCUCAAGGUCAUCUACCCGGGCCUGGACGACCACCCCCACCACGCCCUGCUCGCCUCCAUCGCCAACCCCGGCUACGGCUUCGGCGGCAUGCUCUGCCUCGACAUGGGCACGGAGGAGCGCGCCAACGAGCUGAUGCACCACCUCCAGAACACCACCCAGUUCGGCCUCAUGGCUGUCAGCCUGGGUUACUACGAGACCCUCAUGUCCUGCUCCGGCAGCAGCACCAGCAGCGAGAUGAGCCCCGGGGAGAGGGCACAAGCCGGCAUCUCCCCCGGCCUCAUCCGCUUGUCCGUGGGCUACAGCGGCACGUUGGAGCAGCGGUGGAGCCAGUUCGAGAGGGCUCUCGCGCUUCUGCACCCUCCUCCUCCGCAGAAGCAGCAACCAUAUCUUCUUCUCUCAAGUGUCGCAGAGCAGAAGACUGUUGCUUCGUCACCUGCCCAUUUCCGCUCCGAUGCUAUUUGACGACGAAAUAAAAUAAGAUGUCGCCUAAUAGAGGUAAA